GCAUUGACAAAAAGGAAAAUCAAGAAUCAGUGAUUGUCAUCAACACAAAUGAUCUUGAGAGGGAUGUUGAGCAUGCAAAGGAUGGAGGAGUUUUUGUGUCAGAUGAAUCACCAAAAGUGGCACAGAUUAAGGAUACCCCAGAGGAGCAACUGGAGAAUCUGAGGCCGGGGCAAGCACAGUCAGAAUCCAAGGCUCAGAUGGAAUCACCUAAAUCACCUUCUCUGACCUGCUCCUCUGACCAAAGUCAUCAGGUUUUGGACAGUGAUACUGACCAUGUAGAGCACCCAGCUGAGAUUCCAUUAGUUGAUGGCCCAGAGGAACCACUGAUUGAGACUCAGACUAAAGUGUCCAUACCUGAAAAGUUAACUACAGACCCUGCAGACCUCAUCACUGUGACCAACCUCAGCUUCACUUGGGACACAGACAGCAUCACCAAAAAUCCAGAAGAGAUCCAACUGGUCUACGACAACACUGAUGAUGAUGUGUCCAUACCUGAGCAGUUAACCGAUCCUGCUGACCUCAGCUCCUCUCGGGACACAGAAGACAGCCAGACAAAACAAGCAGAGUUCCAACUGGUCGACAGGGCUGACAAUGAUGUGUCGAUUCCUGAGCAGUUAUCCACAGAUCCUGCUGACUUCAUCACUGUGUCUGAUCUCUCCACUGUGGACACAGAAGACAUCCCGACAAAACCAGAAGAGAUUCAGCUGGUCCAAGACAGUGUUGAUGAUGAUGUUAACCACAGAUUCUGCCGACUUCAUUACUAUGACCAACUUCAGCUCUCCUCAGGACACAGAAGACAUCAACACAAUUCAAGAAGAGAUCCAACUGAUCGGGGACAGUGCCGAUGAUGAUGUGUCCCUAUCAGAGAAGUUCACCACGGAUCCUACAGUCAUUGGGACUGACCUUAGCUCCACUGUGGACAGAGAAGACAUCCAGAUAAAACCAGAAGAGAUCCAGCUGAUCCAAGAUGCUGUUGAUGAUGAUGGUGAUGAUUU